AUGUCGAGGCAGAAUCAACAAAAGGGAUUUAUAGCCAGGAUGGGACCUGCUAGUGGGCUGCAACGGCGAUACCAAGCAGCAGUAGCGCAGACCGCAGCAGUGUUUUCCCCUCGUCAAAGCCAUCGUCCCGGCGCUGCUGCCGUCUCUGCUAUGCUGCUGCCGAUGACGCUCUUCUUCUCCCUGGCAGCAGGGUUUGAUUUGGAGGAAAGGCAGCGUGGAUAG